GCGAUGAACGACAUGGCGGCCGUGGCGAUCGAUCCUGAGACGUUGUUGGAAAAUCCCGAAGAAGAGGACGACGAGGAGGAAAGGGCCGAUCGCGGCGAGUCGCAACGUCGUGAUGGAGAGGGUACAGGCGAAGAGUUCACGCUGGACCUCGUGCGGCAGCUCGGAGGGACUAAGGCUGACUAUAUAAUGCUGUAUUCUUUAAAUGACAAUGAAGAAUUAAUUGAUGGUGGAAAAAAAAAUGCAAUAGAUGAUCUGAAAGAAGGUGAAUUAGAAGCCUUCAUCAACAAAAUAGGCAUAAGCAAAUAUUCCAAAUUUCUGCUUGAGACAAGUGAAGAAUGCAUUGAAAAUGAAAAUGAAAUAAAAAAGAAAAAAAGAGUUGACCAGAAAGAAAAGAAUAAAAAACAUGAAAAGGUGAAAGAGAAAUUGCAAGAUAGAAAGGAUGAACAAAAGAAAUUUCCUGGAAGGAAGGAAAAGAAAAAACUCAUUCAAGAUCAGGAAGUAUCUCGUCCCUCUGAGUUACUAAACAGGAAAGCUAAGAAACAGGUCACCUUUGAAUUUGAACCCAAAUCAUACUUAUUGAUAAAACCAGGAGGAAAGUGGUAUAAUAUGGAGUAUACCAAUGAGCACAGUUCUGAGUCACAACAUGAGUCACUCAUCUCACAGUAUAGAAAUCUAGCUAAACAGCUAUAUGAGCAUGAGAUCAAUCUUUACAGGAGUAAGAAAAAUGCCCAAAGAGGAGCAAAUUCAACAUGGAUAAAAACUGUCGUCAAAACAGGCACAUUAGCAGAUAGAAUGGCAGCUAUGACACUUAUGAUACAAGAUGCUCCAGUGCAUACUCUACACUUCGUGCAAGAAUUAAUCAACCAAAUCAAGAAGAAGGGAAGUCGGCAGCAAUGUUUAAUGGCUUUGACUACAUUAACAGAACUACUGAUCUCAGAGCUACUUCCACACAAUCGAAAACUGCAAACUUUCUCCCAGCAUCCCUUUAAAAUCCUAGAGGAGCUUGCUAGUGGGAACAAGGAUGCCCGAGACAAGCGUCUAAUAUUGUGGUACUUCGAACACCUGCUGAAGCAUCAGUUUGCAGAGUUUGUGCAAGCCUUGGAAACUUUGGCCCAUGAUGCAGUUCAAGCAACAAAAGCUCGUGCCUUGACAACAGUCCAUGAGAUCUUGUGUAAUAAGCCAGAACAAGAGAAAGCCCUGUUGACACAACUAGUGAAUAAAUUAGGAGACCCACAAUAUAAAUUGGCCACAAAGGCCUCCUACCUUUUGGAAACUUUACUCCAUAAGCAUCCCAAUAUGAAAACUGUUGUGUGUUGUGAAGUUGAGAGACUUCUGUACAGGCCUAACAUUAGCCUGAAAGCCCAGUACUAUGCCAUUUGCUUUCUCAACCAAAUGGUCCUGAGCCAUGAAGAGUGUGAUCUGGCUGGGAAGCUAAUAUCCAUUUACUUUUCAUUUUUCCAUGGCUAUGUUAAAAAAGCAGAACUAGACUCUAAAAUGCUAAGUGCCUUGCUGUCAGGUGUGAAUCGAGCUUAUCCUUAUUCAAAAAUGGAUGAUGAAAAGAUGAUGGAACAAAUGGAUACUUUGUACAGGAUUGUACAUGUUGUGAACUUCACCACAAGUGUCCAAGCACUAAUGCUACUCUUUCAGGUCAUGGACUCCCGACAAACUGUGUCCAAUCGAUAUUAUGUAGCACUUUACAGGAAAUUGUUGGAUCCAGGACUGGCACAAUGUUCUAAACAAGCCAUGUUUUUGAAUUUGCUAUACAAGUCUUUGAAGUCUGAUGUUGUGCUUCGUCGUGUUAAAGCAUUUAUAAAACGGAUCUUGCAAGCUGCUUGUGGCCAAACGCCAGCGUUUAUAUGUGGAGCUCUCUAUCUCAUUUCCGAGAUUUUGAAACUGAAGCCAGGCAUCCGAGUCCUGUUACAGGAACAUGGGGAAUCUGAUGAAGAAGAACAUUUUAAAGAUAUUGAUAACAGUGAUGAAGAAGAGAUAUUUGAAGAUCUUGAUGAAAAGGUGAAGAAGAAAUCAGAUGAAGGGAAGAAAUAUAUUGAUGUUGAUGAAAGACAUGCUGCCAAAGAACAAAAAGAUGUACAGAAUAAUAUUGUAAAAGCCAAAGCAGAGUCAACGACAUCUGGAUCAUGGUUGCAUCACAAAAAUCAAGGUGGUAAGUGUCUGGGAAACUAUGACCCAUUCCAUAGAAAUCCCCUUGCUUGUGGAGCAGACCGCAUUGGCCUCUGGGAAUUGAAGGUGCUAAGUGAACACUUCCACCCAUCUGUGACACUCUUUGCAACAACUAUCCUGCAGGGUGACCACAUCCAGUAUUCCGGAGACCCUCUACAAGACUUUACAUUAAUGAGAUUUCUUGAUCGUUUUGUGUACAGAAAUCCCAAACAACAUAAAGGCAAAGAAAACACUGACAGUGUAGUGAUGCAGCCUAAACAGAAACUUCUGUUGAAUGAUGUGCGUAACCUGCCAGUAAAUAGUCAGAAGUUUAUUGAACGUGAAGAGAGCCAAAUCCCAGUGGAUGAAAUAUUUUUCCACAGAUAUUACAAAAGACUUAAUGAAUUGGAGAAGGAACGAAGAUUCCGACGAAGUGAUGAGGCCAUGGAGGACGUAGAAGAUGAUGAAUUUGAGCGGCUGCUUGAUUUCUAUGAAGGAGAAAAAUCUUAUAAUACAUUAAUUGAUGACAAUUUAGAUUUUGCCAGUAAUAUGAAACAGGAAUCAAAAAAUGCAAAAAAAGUUGAAGAUACUGAUUCAGACCUCGAAGAUGAUGUGGAUGAUUUGAAUGAUGACAAAGUAUCGUUGGGAAGCUUGGAUGAAGACGACUUUGAGGAGGUGGUUGGAGAAGAUGGUGGCAUGUUUAUGGAUGAUACAGAAGAGAUUGGCAAUGUCUUGUCAAGCAACAAGUGUAAAACGCAUGGCAAAAGGAAAAAAGACUUCGACUUCGCCAAAUCUGUUUCAGGAAAGAAACCGAAAAAGAGUGUUAAGGAAAGCACCAACAUCUUUGCUGCUGCAGAAGAGUUUGGUUAUCUGCUGGAUGAAAACGCAGGAUCAAAGUUUGACAAUAUUGGUAUAAAUGCAAUGUCAAACAAAGAUAAAGCAAGUAUGAAACAGCUACAGUGGGAAUCCGAUCGUGAUGCUUGGAUCAGAGGCAAAGAUGCACGGACACUGCGCAAGCAGAAGAACUUCAAGGCCAAGAAACUGCAAAAUAAACACAAAAGAUUUUUAAACAACAAGAGAUGAACAAAGCUUAGAAAAAUAUUUGUAAAACACUGUUCCUGGCAAAUCAACCUUUUACGUAUGAAAGACUUUGUACUUACAUAUUUACUGGUUAUUUUUGGACCACAUUUCCUGAUCCUGUUCUCUGAUUCCAUAGAUUCCUGCCCACUCAUUGGAUUUAUAAUAAACUGAAAAUAGCAAAGGAAAUUAUUUUGUAUCAAUUUAUAAAAUAGUGCUGCAUUUUAAGAAUGGAGAAGACCAUGCAAGUCAGAAGGACUUUGACAUUGACAUUGGACGAUUUAGAGUUUAAUAACUUUCAGCAAAGUUUAACAUGAAUGCAGAACAGGAUCGUUAAAAAACUGAAAUGCAAAAGAUGACAUCAGAAUCUCAACUAUUCAAACAGUAUGGAUGGAUUAGAAAAGCUUAUAUUUUGUAUAAAGAUAAGUUCAAGUGCAAAACUAAACCAUAUUUGUUUUAACAGAGAUCUAACAAGUCUUUGUUCAUGCUGCCCUUGUUUAUGUUUUGUCUAUGGAACGCUUUAAGUCUAGCUUUAUAAAUUCAACUGAACUUGUGACUUCAACUGUUUUGAAAUUUCUAAGCAGCUCUGAAUUAAGUUUGAAGUUUUUACAGCAUAAUUUCACCUCUCAAAUUUUAUCUGAGCAAAUAGAACUGGUACUCACCUUCCAAAAUGGAUGGAAACUUUCUUUUUACUGAAUGUCUGAACUCUGCGAGGGGGGAAAAAUACACUUUGUAUAAUGUUUAAUCAUCAUGCUACUAAAAGCAGUUACCAAGACCAAAGGCUUUCACACUUGUUUGCAGAAAUUUGUUUGGGAAUACGUAAAGGAAAGGGGCAGAUCUAAUGCUAUUUUUUUUCACCAGAUUCUGAAAAACAACAACUGGGAAGCAGAGGGUGUUAAUUGUCUUAAUUUCAUACCAGAAUUGUUAACCUCAGCAGUGCAGUAACUGGUAUGUCUUCUGUCAGCUUGUUAAAUGCCUGGAUAAAUUUAAUAUUUUUAA